UCACCUGACACGACACAAACAAACAUGGACAACAGAGGCAGGUACAACAGCUCAUCCGUCUGGCUGAUGCUAUUCGUUUUUCAGUGCUGCGUACAUUUCAGUGCCUCCCUGGUCUACUGGACCGCUUACGUGGAGGUCAGAUACUUUGACCGAGGGACUAAUAAAACUGUGGGCAGUAUAUGUGAAUGUGGUGUGUUUGGAGUGAACGCGCUCGUGGAAUCGGCUUCAGGACUGGUGGUGCUUCCAAACUCGGAUCCUCUGGCAUGCUCGAGCAAUACUACGUUCAGCGCCACCCAGAAGCAAUGGGUUGCCCUCAUAAAAAAAGGAAAUUGUACCUAUUCCCGGAAGAUCCAGGCCGCCCAGCGACAUGGAGCCUCCGCAGUGGUUAUUUACAACAUAGAUGGGACAGGCAAUGACACCAACCUAAUGGAGCAUUCAGAUGCUGAUGACACAGUUACCAUUAUGAUUGGCAACAUUUUGGGCACAAAAAUUGCCAGCCUGACCGAGAAUGGCACAGAUGUCUACAUGGCGAUUGUAGUGGCCAAUGCAUAUGGCCUGUGGUUAUGGGCAUACGCUCUGUUUUUCGCCUUCACAGGAAUUACAGCCGCCAGUGUCUGCUACUUCACUUUCCUGUUCAUCAAACGUUUGUACAUUAAUCAUCAACUUCGCAUACAACAGAGGGAGAUUAAACGAGAAGCCAAAAAUGCAAUAGAAAAAUUACAAGUUCGGACUCUGCGACGAGGCGACCCGGAAGUUGACUCAGAAGACAUAUGCUGUGUUGUAUGUACUGAUGCUUUCAAACGUGAUGAAAAGGUCACAGUUUUACCCUGCAGGCAUCUGUACCAUAAGAAAUGCAUAGAGCCAUGGUUCCUGGAGCACCCAACCUGCCCGAUAUGUAAAUACAACAUCCUCAAAUCAAAGAUCGAUGAAGACAGCAAUGUAAUGACAUCCACAUCAGCAAGUCAACAUGACACGUCACACUCAAACAUCCAGACAGUGCACACAACAGACCAUGUGCACUAUGAUGUGGAUGUUCAGACACAACACAUUUAUCAGAACCCAGCAUUUGAAGAUUCAGUUAUUAUGCAUCAGGAUUGAGUAUCAGGAUUUCAAUCAAGUAAACAAUCAACUACCUUCAGCCAGUAUUUCUAAAUAUAAUUAUUCAACUUAAAAAAAUUAUGCUUAAAUAUAUUAAAUGGCCAAAACAUGUCAAAGUCGGAUCAAAUUGAAAACGGAUAUAGAAGUGUUUUUCAAUCUAAGUGAUUUAUAUCAAUUGUUUGCUGCAGAUUUUAACUACACUCUUUUUUUGAAAAGGUAUCAGAUAUGCAAUCAGCUAAUAAAACAUUAAUGUAGAAAAGCUCACAUGGUUGUUAUAGCUUUAAGAUAUAGUGUUAUAGUAUAUAAGAUGAAUAUAUUAAGAUAAACACUGUAGUCUAGUUGGUCUAGCUUCCCUAUAUUACACAGACUUUUGAACUUUUUUACUAAAUAAAUGUAUGAAAUAAAUAAUUGAAAAUGGUUUUACAAUAAGUACUGUGUUGUAUGUAAAUGGUGAGUUUAAUCUCACUUUUUUGAUGUCUUUUGAAACUGUGUUGAAAAUUCUGAAUAUUUGUGUAUUGUCAAACCAUGUCUUCAACAUGACAAUUCAGUAUAUAUUAAAUGCACACAUUUAUAAUAAUUUUUACCACUUUUGAAUUUUCUAUAAUGAAAAAACGUAUUUGGACAUAUUUCUGGUUAAACAUAUUUAUUUACUAAAGGAACCAUUUGCCAAACAACUGUUUUAAUGAUGCUAAAUGCAAAUUUGAUUAAAAAAUGUAAUUUCAUUACCUGUGAUAAUA